GUUUUCGUUUAGCGCUCAAGAGGAAGAGAAGUCAACAUUUUAUGUGGUUAGUGGGUUUCAAAUCAUAUAUAAAUAUGUAUAUAAAUCACCGGAUUUUAACUUAAUAGUAUCUUAACAAAUCAGAUUAACAGUUCGCUUGUUUCACAACAGACUGUGUAGCUAACGUUAGAUGACUUCAGUCAGUGUCCUCUCCAGCAGUUUUUACAAACACUUCGACAGAUUUUGCUAACUCCACUGAACCAGGAUAUUAAACGUAGCACAAGCUGGCAGCGUAAGCACAGAUGUUGCUGAAGAAGAGAGGCCAUACGUGUUUGAUAGCUUCCAGUAUGGCCUCAUUAGUCUUGCUCAUGAUGGUGCUGUACGGCGCCAUUGGCACCCAGCAGCCAGGCAGCUCCAGCCUCAGACACGAUUACCAGUUGCUGGGCAGACCCCUGUACAAACUGGACCUGAACUGGCCCACGAACUCAGAGCUCUUCAUCGGGGAGGUGUUUGGAGUGGCUGUCGACCACUGUGCUCGUAUUGUGUAUGUGGCGCAGAGAGGUAACAAUGUGCCCAAGGUGCUGGUGUUCACCACAGAUGGAGAUUUCCUCAUGUCCUGGAACACAACCACCUUGGAGAUGCCUCAUGGGAUAUUUGUAGCUGAUGCUGACUCAUCAAACCCUACUGUGUGGAUCACAGACGUGGGGAAUGGCCCAUAUGGCCACUGCAUCAAAAGGUACUCACCAUCUGGGAAGCUCCUUCAGGUGCUGGGUACACCAGGGAAUGCAGGCUCUGGGUUGAACCCUCUGCAGUUUGACCAGCCAGCUGAGAUCUUCGUCCACAACUCGGGGGAAAUAUACAUUGUGGACGGUGAUGGUGGAAUGAACAACCGCCUCAUCAAGCUGUCUAAAGAGCAGGAGGUGUUGUGGGUGCACGGAGAGAAAGGACAAGGCCUGGCUCAGUUCUACAUCCCUCAUAGUGUGACUGUAGACAAUGCCGAAAGGGUGUGGGUGGCUGACAGGGGCAACAAGAGGCUCCAGGUCUUUAACUCCAUCACUGGGGAGUGGUUGGGGACAUGGGGGAGCUGCUUCACUGAGGAUGCACCCUAUUCUGUCCGCCUGACCCCAGACAAGAAGUACUUUGUUGUUGUCCAGCUCAACACCAAUCAGAUUGCGCUACUGGAUGCACCACCAGUAGGUUUAAUUGGCCAGUGCAGGGUGGUCAGCGUGAUCCAGCUGGCUGAUGAAGUGAAGCCCCACCUGGUGGACCUGGAUCUAAAGACUGGGGCUCUGUAUGUGGCUGAGAUUGGUGCCCAGCAGGCUCAGAAAUUUACCCCCUUCAGUCUGGGUGGGAGUUUCCUGUAGAACCACACUGGGCUUUAACUGAAGAAUUGAAAUGGCAUGAUUAAUCAGAAAACUGUACCAAUCAUAAGCAUUACCAGUUAUUUAAAAAUGGAAUGAAAUGUUCACAUGUGUUAUGUAAUUUGCAAUCAUGUAAUCCAGUACAAAACACAAAACAAUUCUUUGUCAUUAUGGCAAACCCUGCUAAAAAGAUUACAUAUAUCUAAGGUUAAGCUGUGAAAGGUAUCCUCUGACAAUCUACAUUUUUAUACUCCUAGUUUGCAGCAGCAAAUAUGUUUUGAAGGAAACGUUAUGCCGUCUGGUUAAGCUUUUUUGUUUUUUAAAUCAACAUAAUGAAAAGUUUCUAAUGAGCUGUAAAUUGUUCAUACUGAACACAUCAACCAAAACGACCAUAACAAGUGACAACAUAUUUAGUUUUUUUUUUUUUUUUUUUUUACAAUAUCUGCUUGUAGCUAAGAUAGCAUGAUUAUUGUUUCUAUAGUUAUGUGUAGGUAACAAAGAGCAACACAAAUUAUCAGAUGAGUCUCUGAAUAGGCAUACGCUCAUAAUUAAAGGAUCAGGAUCAGAAAAAACAUGGACAUCAGGACAGUCCUACUUUUAACUGAGCCAUUUCACAUUUCAAUGAAAGAAUGCAUAUAAAUCUAUUCAUACAGAAGGUGUUGUUGAUGGGCCUCUGCUGCCUGGUAGUCAGUCAGUAAUCCAUCCACAGUAUUUGGUAAGAUUAUUUAGUACUAUAUUAAUGUAAUUUUUUUUGAGACAGGGUGUCAUCUGACUAAACUUGUGCUGGUUUUAAAAAGUUAUUAAGUAUUCAAUACUAUGAAAACAAAAAACAAAACAAUGUAAAGAAAAAAAGUGAAAAUAUCACUGGACAAGUACUUAUUGUUAAAUUAAAUUUCAGUCAGUUUCAGGAAAAUACUAGUAUAAAGUUUGAAACAAAUACACUUCUACUUUUAACAAAAUAAGCAGGUAAAGAAAAUACAGUAGAUAAGGAUAUAUUGUUUGUUUGUUCUUAAAAACCAAUAGUUAUCAAUAAUUGCUAUUUUAAAAAUGAACAUAGCUGACAAAGAAUCUUAGUUCGCAUCCUUGAUGCUUACGAAUUUAUAACAAAGUCUAUGUUACUAAUGGGCCAUGGAUGGUCUAACGAUAAGAAGGUAUUACAUUAUGGUAACUUUAGGAUCUAGUAUUUUUGGAGUUUUAGGGACUAAAAGUCAGGAUACCUUAGCCUCUGCUGCUUUAGUUAUGUCCUUUCUGUUUUAAUCAGCCUCUUGUGAGUCCCUCAAUUUUAUUGAAGUCCAAUACUAAGUCACUGGAGUACUCCUCUAAUGAGUAUAUGAUUAAUGUGUUAAAAACACAUUUGUUGAGGCCUCUUUCUGGGAAACAUUUUUUGAUUUUUAACAAUUUGUGAGUGAGUUUGUUUCUGCUAAACUGCUCUUGAAGCAUUUUGUCCAGAUGUUCUUACAUAAUGUAAUAUAUGCUUUUACUACCACCUCCUUCUAUUUCCAAUGUUUGAACUGGACAAAUUGUUAAUUUACAUUUUUGAUUAUCUUAACAGAGCAUACUGUUUUCCUGUGAUGAAUGAAUUAUUGAACUGUCUUAAGAUAAAAAACUAUGUUUUUGUGGUGUCAUUUAUUUUAAGUUAUUGUCUUGUUAAUUAUUUAAUUUUAAUAUGAACAUUUUUUUUUAUGUUAAGUUGUGAUCUCGAGAUAUCAGCCUUCAAAAACAAUUGCUUUUAAUGCACCAAUCCACAACACCCAUCUGAGUUGUUCACAUGAUGCAUUUUGAUGUCCUGAAUAUACUUUUAAAAAUAGUACUUUAUAUUAAGCAGGUGUUGUAUAAACCAAACAGCCAGACUGUUUGGUUUAAAUCACAUUAUUUUCCAUGUGUACGUUGAAAUGUAGAUGCAUGCAUUUCUUUGCAUAUAGUACUUUGAAUGAUAGUUUGUUUGUAAAUUGGUGCAGUGUUGGAAAAUGCAUUUUAAGCCUUCCUUUAAUAAAAACAGAGUGAGU